CCAAGAUGGCUGACAGCAUCCCUUUAAAUCCGGUACGGAAGAACUCGAGGAGAACUCCGUAUUACAACUCAGCCAGACUUUCAAGAUACUCCAUAGAAGAUGAGCCCUCUAACCUGGACGAGAUGCCUCUGAUGAUGUCGGAGGAAGGCUUUGAGAAUGAUGAGAGCGACUACCAGACGCUGCCCCGGGCCAGAGUCAACCAGAGGCAGAGAGGCCUCGGCUGGUUCCUCCUGGGAGGGUGGAAAGUCCUCUGUGGCAGCUGCUGUGACUGCCUGGCUCGCGUCUGUCGGAGGAGGAAGGAGCUGAAGGCCAGGACGGUUUGGCUCGGCUGCCCGGAGAAAUGUGAGGAGAAGUACCCCAAAAACGCCAUUAAAAACCAGAAGUACAACAUCUUCACCUUUGUGCCUGGGGUUCUCUACCAGCAGUUCAAGUUCUUCCUCAAUCUCUACUUCCUGGUAGUCUCCUGCUCCCAGUUUGUGCCGUCUCUGAAAAUCGGAUACUUGUACACGUACUGGGCACCUCUGGGUUUUGUGUUAACCGUUACGAUGGUGCGAGAGGCCGUGGAUGAAGUGCGCCGGUACCAACGUGACAAAGAGAUGAACUCUCAACUCUACAGCAAGCUCACAGUGCGAGGUAAAAUUCAAGUGAAGAGUUCAGACAUACAAGUUGGGGACCUGAUCAUCGUUGAUAAGAACCAAAGGAUUCCUGCAGACAUGAUAUUCAUGAGAACGUCGGAGAAAAAUGGUUCAUGUUUCAUCAGAACAGACCAGCUGGACGGAGAAACGGACUGGAAACUGAAGGUUGCUGUCGGCUGCACGCAGCAUCUUCCUGCAGUGGGGGAUCUCUUCUCCAUCAGCGCCUAUGUCUACGCCCAGAGGCCUCAGCUGGACAUCCACAGCUUCGAGGGGAACUUCACACGGGAAGACUCAGAUCCACAGGUCCAUGAGAGUCUGAGUAUUGAGAACACCCUUUGGGCCAGCACAGUCGUUGCAUCUGGCACGGUGAUCGGGGUGGUGAUCUACACAGGCAAGGAGACCAGAAGCGUUCUGAACACGUCCUAUGCCAAGAACAAGGUUGGCUUACUGGACCUCGAGCUGAACCGCCUCACCAAGGCCCUGUUCCUGGCCCAGGUGGUUCUGUCUGUUGUCAUGGUAGCAGUGCAGGGGUUUGUGGGCCCUUGGUUCCGCAACCUCUUCCGAUUCAUCGUGCUUUUCUCUUACAUCAUCCCCAUCAGCUUACGUGUAAACCUGGACAUGGGGAAGUCGGCCUACGGCUGGAUGAUCAUGAAAGACGAAAACAUCCCCGGGACAGUUGUGAGGACCAGCACCAUCCCAGAAGAACUAGGCCGGCUAGUUUAUCUGCUGACGGACAAGACGGGCACUCUGACACAGAACGAAAUGGUCUUCAAGCGGCUGCAUCUUGGAACAGUAUCCUAUGGCACUGACACCAUGGACGAGAUACAGAGCCACAUAGUCAGGUCAUAUGCACAGGUGACCUCCCAGCCCUCCAACGGCAGCACUAGUGCCGCCACUCCAUCACGGAAGAACCAGACGUCGGGCCCAAAAGUCCGCAAGAGCGUCAACAGUCGAAUCCACGAGGCGGUGAAGGCCAUCGCCCUGUGCCACAACGUCACACCCGUCUACGAGUCACACGCCAUCGUGAAUGGAGAGACGGAGUCCGCCGAAGCCGACCAGGACUUCAGUGAUGACAACCGCACGUACCAGGCCUCCAGCCCCGACGAGGUGGAGCUGGUGCGGUGGACGCAGAGCGUCGGCCUGACCCUGGUGAACAGAGACUUGACCUCCCUGCAGCUGAAGACUCCCUCUGGACAGAUUCUCUCCUUCCACAUCCUGCAGAUCUUCCCCUUCACCUCCGAGAGCAAGAGGAUGGGCAUCAUCGUCAGGGAGGAGUCGACAGGAGACAUCACUUUCUACAUGAAGGGCGCUGAUGUUGCCAUGGCGAGCAUCGUCCAGUACAACGACUGGUUAGAGGAAGAGUGUGGGAACAUGGCCAGAGAAGGCCUGAGGACGCUGGUGGUGGCCAAGAAGUCUCUGUCUGAGGAGCAGUAUCAGGACUUUGAGAACCGCUACAACCAGGCCAAGCUGAGCAUCCACGACCGAGGCCUGAAGGUUGCAGCCGUGGUGGAGAGCCUGGAGAGGGAGAUGGAGCUUCUCUGUCUGACCGGUGUGGAGGACCAACUACAAGCAGACGUCAGGCCCACACUGGAGCUGCUGAGGAACGCUGGCAUCAAGAUCUGGAUGCUGACGGGGGACAAGCUUGAGACUGCAACGUGUAUCGCCAAAAGCUCCCACUUGGUGUCCAGAAACCAGGACAUCCACGUCUUCAAACCGAUCUCGAGCAGAGGAGAGGCCCAUCUGGAGCUCAACGCCUUCAGAAGGAAACAUGACUGUGCUCUGGUCAUCUCUGGAGACUCCUUAGAGGUGUGCCUGCGGUAUUACGAGCACGAGUUCGUGGAGCUGGCGUGUCAAUGUCCGGCGGUGGUCUGCUGUCGCUGCUCCCCAACUCAGAAGGCCCAGAUCGUCACGCUCCUCAAGCAGCACACAGCCAACAGAACCUGUGCCAUAGGUGAUGGAGGAAAUGACGUCAGUAUGAUCCAGGCUGCAGACUGUGGUAUCGGCAUUGAAGGAAAGGAAGGGAAGCAGGCGUCACUGGCUGCAGACUUCUCCAUCACUCAGUUCAAGCACAUCGGUCGCCUGCUCAUGGUUCAUGGCAGGAACAGCUACAAGCGCUCCGCAGCGUUGGGUCAGUUUGUUAUGCACAGAGGCAUGAUCAUCUCCACCAUGCAGGCUGUCUUCUCCUCCGUAUUUUACUUUGCCUCUGUGCCCUUGUACCAGGGUUUCCUCAUGGUUGGGUAUGCCACCAUCUACACCAUGUUCCCCGUGUUCUCCCUGGUUCUGGACCAGGAUGUGAAGCCAGAUAUGGCUCUUCUCUACCCGGAGCUUUAUAAAGACCUCACCAAGGGGCGUUCGUUAUCUUUCAAGACUUUCCUCAUUUGGGUUUUGAUCAGUGUGUAUCAAGGCGGCAUCCUCAUGUACGGCGCUCUGGUGCUGUUUGAGUCCGAGUUCGUGCACGUGGUCGCCAUCUCCUUCACAGCGCUCAUCCUCACCGAGCUGCUGAUGGUGGCGCUGACCAUCCGCACCUGGCACUGGCUCAUGGUGGUGGCCGAGUUCUUCAGCCUGGGCUGCUACCUGGCCUCGCUCGCCUUCCUCAACGAGUACUUUGACUUGUCGUUCAUCACCACCUGGCCUUUCCUAUGGAAGGUGUCCGCCAUCACGUUGGUCAGCUGUCUUCCUCUCUACAUAAUCAAAUACCUGAAGCGCAAGUUCUCCCCACCGAGCUACUCCAAACUAUCCUCAUGAGCCCAACUUGGAUCACUGCGAUUAUGUUGGUUUUGUAGUGCUUCUUUGAGCUUUCAGCACUUUUCAUUUUGUAUUACUCACUGAUCCUCGGUGAUGGACCGGUAAGGAACCACUGGAACAAUCGCACAUAGAGAGACAUUAAUUGUUAUUUGGAUUAUGUCACUGAGACUUGGGAUUACUUGAAAACAAAAAACGGAGCACAUGGAGAAAAACACGACUAUUAAGGGAUGGAUUUAAUCACACAACAGAAGGGCAAAAUCGUGCAAACGACUGCACUUCCAACUUGACCCCAGUUCGUCGGAAAAAAGGGUCAAUCUGCCUUCUUUUUUUUUUUUAAAGCAUUUUAAACGAAUCUGCUUCAAAUGUAAUUUUAUAGAGUUUUGAUGCAUUUCUUUCAAUGUUUAGAUUUUUAUAUGUGGAGUUUGGAAUUUUUUUUAAAGUGUUUUUUUUUUUAUUCCAGGUAUUAUAAUAAUUACAGUUGCUGGCCUGCGUCUUUGAGCGGAGUUAAGUUGCUGUAAGGGAUACAAAAAAAAGAUCAUUUAUUUGAAUGUUUUUCUACGUUCCUGUAAAUAAAUAAAGCCUUUAAAUGCAGCAUUCAGUCAAUCCUGCCGUCAAUGUAAAACCUCACGGCGCUUAACUCCUUUAAAAUAAGAACAUUUACGAUGACAUUCACAAUGAAAAAUGCUGACGGGACUCGCUUCAAACCUCAAACGUUCAAAGCUUUGGGCCCUUUACAUUUUUAAGACGUCGAAUGACAUCAUCAAUCAUCAAUCAUCAUCAUCAUCCCGUAGUGUAAAACAAGCACUCCAUAGUGGCGUUUAGCGUUGUAUCGUCUGCAUAUUUGGCCUUGAUUACACUGCUACAUCUGCGACGAAGGUCGGUGGCCACCAGUCCUCCUGUUGGGAUGCGGCAGCUCGCUUUGUGCCUCAUUAUGUUUCUUUUUAUGUACUGAAGCUCUGUUAUGGUCACCUCUGCAUCCGGAUUUGAACUUCCAGAAGCAUGCAAACAUUUUAGGGAAGGUUAAAACUACUUUAAAAGUCACAACAAAGGAGCCUGAAUCACACAUGGCUGUUUUAUUUUUAGGCCUUUAUCGACAAUAAGACUCCCCAUGGGUUUCUGUAGCGGACGUUGACAUUCAGCUCUUUUCUUAAGGAGGAAUGAGUUUUAUCAUUCCCUCCACUUACUCUAAGUGUUGAAUAAAGAAAUCUUUUGAUUAUACAGCCCAGUAUACUUGAUGCAGUCUAGCUAUGUUUAUCAGUCAGGUUGUCAUCUCUUUGUGAUUCAUUGUUGAGUUAAACUCAGGUUGAUCAUUCCUAAACAUUGCUGUAUUAUUUAGACCAAAAUCGGGGCAACCAUACUGUAAAAUGUAGCUUCACUAAGAGAAAAAAUACCAGAAGUGGUUAUUUGGGUAAGAGUUGGUGCGACUGCGACACUUUAAUGCAAAUUGCAUUUCUGUUUUUAAAUUUCUGAUUUACAAUCUUAUGGGGAGCAAUUCCAAAUGUUGAUUCUUGUGUUUUCUGUUGAGAUCUUUGUUCUGUGUAUGUGAUAUGUUGUAUAAACUUUACUUUCUCGUCCAACUUGAUUUCCAUACCCUACUACAAUUUCUUACAGUAUGUCUGUUAUUAAUAAUAUUGUUAUUGAUUGAUGAAUAAUAAAAAGAGACAGCAGA